UGGAUCUUUACACAUGCUUCUUGCCGUGCUUCACUGCACCUUGUGAACCUCAUUAGUUGCGCCGUGUAUCCUAGAUGUUCAGGCCUUGGGAUGGGUGGGGGCGUGUUGAAAUAGGGAGAGGGACUGACAUGUUGGGGGACAGGAGGCAAAGCUUCCUCUGGCCUCUCUGGGUCCAGCUCUAACCCUCUCUUCUCUUUGUUCAACUGCAGCAAUCCAGUGAACCUGCGCCAUGAGUGUCUUGGACUCAGCACAUCGUCCUUCAGACCCAGAGCAUGUCUCUCUUCCUGUCCAGAAGGAUGGUCUUGGCCUCCCUUCGCCUGCCCGGAGAACCCCCUCCUGGCCUCCGUCCCCAGAUGAGGAUCCCAGUUUGCCCCCCUUUCCUCUGGAAGAGCCUGGCCCCAGACUUAUGGCCCCAGGGAGCCUUCCCUCUCCAGCCUUGUCCCUAGAGGAAGAAGAAGAGGAUGAGGACGGAGAAGACGCGGCGGAGCCCGAGGGGCUGUGCAGUGAGGAGCAUCCCAGCCAGUUUUUUGCGGAAGCGCAGCGGUUGCGGGAGCAGAGGCUGCUGCUGGAUGAAGAGGUGUCAGUUGGGGGGCGAAUAUAUGGGGUGCAUCGGGUGAUCUUGGCUGCUGUUAGCAGCCUCUUCAGAGGCAGGCUGCUGGGCAGUGGAGGUCCGCAACCCCCCUUCAGCCUGGACGUAACCCCCAGGGCCUGGGAGGCCGUGCUGACCUUUGCCUAUGAGGGGGUGCUGGGCCCCGCCCCGCAGGGGGAUGUGCUGGUAGCUGCUGAAACCCUGGGAGCGCCCCGGGUGAAGGCCGCGGCCCAGAGGGGACGCCAAGGGGCUGGAAGCGCCAGGGAAGAUGAAAAGCAGCCCGGCCAGGCCGAGGAGCUGAGAGAGAACCUGCGCAGCAUUGAGCUCCUGUACCGAGAGGGCAUCGGGUGUGACCUGGAGCUGGAGGCAGGCGGUUGCCGGCUGCGGGUGCACCGAGCAGCCCUCGCCUGUGGCAGCGAGUUCUUUGGGGCCAUGCUCCUGAGUGGGAUGAGGGAAUCCCAGGGCACAGAGGUGUCUCUGCACACCAUCUCUGCCCAGGACCUACGACUCCUCGUCUCUUUUGCCUACUCAGGGGUUGUACGGGAAAGGUGGCCAGGACUGCUGAGAGCUGCCCAGGCUGCUGUGCAGUACCAGAGCUCUUCCUGCCUGGCCCUGUGCCAGAGAGCCUUGGCACAAGGCCUCAGCCCUGCUCGCUGCCUGGCCCUGAUCCCCAUGGCUGAAGCCCCUGGGUUGGAGAGGCUCUGGAGCAAAGCCCGUCACUAUCUCCUCACCCACCUGCCCGCCGUGGCUUUGUGCUCUGCCUUCCCUUCUUUACCGGCCGCCUGGCUGGCAGAACUCCUGGAUAGCGAUGAGCUACACUUGCAGGAGGAGUUCGAGGCCUUUGUGGCUGCACGGUGUUGGCUAGCUGCCAACCCUGAGACUCAGGAGUCAGAGGCCAAGGCCCUGCUUCGAUGUGUCCGCUUUGGCCGUAUGUCCACCAGGGAGCUGCGGAGGGUACGGGCGGCUGGGCUGCCUCCACCCUUCACCUCAGACUUGCUGCAUCAGCUGCUGGUGGAAGCUGAGGUACCAGGACAAGAGAGGCGGAGGGAGCCUGACCAGGCACUGGUAGUGAUCGGUGGGGACGGGCUCAGAUCAGACAUGGCCAUGAGACAGCCAUCCCGAGGAGCAAAGGCCCGGGCCUUUUGCUGCGGAACAGGACUGGUUCGAACUGUGGAGUGGGGCCGGCUGCCUGCCUUGCCUGCCCCCGGGCGCUUCCGGCAUGGGGCUGCGAGCCUAGCAGGAAGUGAACUCUACGUGUGUGGGGGACAGGAUUUCUACAGCCACUCGAACACCCUGGCUUCAACUCUCAGGUGGGACCCCAGUCAAGAGAACUGGGAGGAGAUGGCACCUCUGUGCCAGGCUCGGAGUUUUUUCCCCCUGGUGGCUCUGGAUGGACUGCUUUAUGCCCUGGGUGGACGAAACAAUGGUGUUGCCCUCAGCUCUGUGGAGACUUAUAACCCUAAGCUCAAUGUCUGGAGGCCAGCACCUGCUCUUCCAGCACCACGCUUUGCCCACGCAGCUGCUGUUUUGGAGGGCCAGUUGUAUGUGAGCGGUGGCUGCAGCGGGACUGGCCAAUACUUGGCUUCAUUGCUGCACUAUGACCCCAACCUUGAGAAGCCAGGGACACAUCUGAGCCCAAUGGGGGUGCCUCGGGCUGGCCACGUCAUGGCUGCUCUGGGUAGCCGGUUGUAUGUAGCAGGUGGGCUAGGGGAGACCGGGGAUCUGCUGAGCUUCGAGGCCUAUGAACCAAGGACUGAUAGCUGGACUCAGCUGACACCCCUGCCCUCCCCCCAUGUAGGGGCUGCAGGUGCCGUGCUGCAGGGGGAGCUACUAGUGCUGGGGGGCUACAGCCACCGUACUUAUGCCCCCUCCCACCUCAUCCAUGCCUAUUGUCCUGGCCUGGGCCGAUGGCUGUGCCUGGGAACUCUGCCUAGGCCUCGGGCUGAGAUGCCUGCCUGCAUCCUGACACUGCCCCCUGUGCAGCACAGAGCUUUGGUCUCCAUGGGGCACCAAACCAAACCUGCUGGGUGAGGGGGGAGCAGCAGUGGAUUGGGGGAGGAAGGGGUAGAGACAUCAUGAGGGAAGGAUGGAGAUGAUCAGGGUGGAGCAGAAAAAGGUUUUAGUCAUGGUCGUAUUUCAUUCUAGCUCAGUGCUUUACAACUCAGAAACUGCUUUUUAUAUAUGCUCUUCAUUGAGGAAAGGGUGGUUUCAGAAUUCCUGGAGCAAGAGCGUUGGGGAAGGGGAGGCUACUGAAUACUUAAGUAAGGAGGGGAGACCCAGGGGCUACUCUACAAGGUUUAGGGACCAUGGCAUGAUUCUUGGUGGGGAAAGUGCAUCUGGCUGGGAAGACAGUCCAGAAGUGUCAGUCGCCAAGGUGAAGGGGCCAUGAGAGGACAGUCAGGAAAAUGAUGAUUCUAACCAAUGGAUGAGGAAGAAAGUGGAAAGGCUAUCCAUCAUAGAGUUGAGGAGUGUAGGAGACGGACCGUAAUUGUUGCUUCUCUUUAUUCUCCAAUCCCUGGGAUACCUAAACCCUCUUGACAAUAUUUUAUCUCAGGUAAUUUGUAGAUCCAGUCUAGCAUUUCCUCAGUCACCCACUGCAGGCUGCCCCUAAGGGCCUCUUGGUUUUCAAUCUGAGGCAGAAUUCACAUCCGGAUCCAGCACAACACAGGGGCCCUAGAUGCCAGGGCGACAAGGUGGGAGUACUGCACGUGGGGAGGAUGAACAGGGCAGAGAGGAGGAGGGAGGUGCCUAUGGUGGGAAAGGGAUGAAACAAGGUGUGAGGUUGUGAGGUGGGAGAAGUCAGGAGCCUGGCCUGGCUCUUUCCUUCCCUUUGCGGUGAAUUGAGGGAUCAGGAGGGAAAACAGUGCAGUCGUGGUGUGAGGUCCUGAGCCGUGAGAGGAAGUGGCCGAGAGAAGAGGGAGAAGUAGAAAAGACUUAGAAAAGAGGUUUUCUCCUCUGUCCAUUUCCUCCAGAGUUCUUUGAAUCCAUUUCCCUUUUUCUUAGUCAGGGAAAGUCGAGUCAGAUGUUUCCUCUCUCUCUUCCUCCACCCUGCUUUUCCUCCCCCCCCCCUUUUUUUCCCCUUUCCUUUCUUUUCUCUUCUCUUUUUUCCCUCACAGUUAUUAUCUAUUGUGUGUCAGGUCCUAUAGGAGGAACUAAGGAUCCUAAGGACAGGGAGCUCCUGACCAGCACACAGAUUUGCAAACAAAUACAAGUUUUACUGUAGAAUUAAGAAGUAUGGAUGCUUGCCUCAUGCCUCUUGUGAGAGCUGUGUACCUCUUAUACCCCAUAGAGGCAUGAACACUCAGAGGAUGGAGGAGGGCAGCUGCCCAGAGAAGGCUUCUGUUAGGAAGGCAUCAGCAGAUGGGUACAGUGUGGACUUUUUUUUUUUUUAAAUUAUUUUCUUUUUAUGGCCACA